UCUUGUUAAAAAAACACUCCCUGAUAUAGUGCGGAAGUCGCUGAGAGCAGGGAGCACUUGCAACGGGGGAAAAGACACCAGAGCACGGGGGCAGAAUCAGUGUCUCUCUCCUCAAUCUUUCGAUACUCUCGGACUUCCCAGUUUUGCAUCAUCACAGACCCUACAUAUCGUCUAUAGUCAAUCUCGGUACAUUUGGUGGCGCGUUCAAGAACCUAAAUGGAGGGACCGCUCCAUUUCUACCAAUCAGGAAUCGUCUGUACCUCGGAGGGAUCCCUGUACGGGGCUGAAUUCGACGAUGGUCAGCAGGAAUGCGAGCUGGAUCACGUGAAGGAGAGCGCAUGUCCGGAAUCCAUCUUGAAUUUUAUUCUAGACGCAGAUAUGUUACGUAAGACGCAAGAGGACAAGCUGGACGCCAGAUUUCGACUGGGUGUUCCCCCAGAUCCACUUGAUUGGACAGUUGACCACGUGAACUCUUGGGUCACGUGGCUAACCACGACCUUUGACCUGCCGAUCUUCGGAGACUUUCGGGUCAAACUCUACGAUUGUCCGCUGGACGGCCGAACGCUGACCCAAUGGUCAAGCGACGAUUUCUGUAGGCUGUUCGGACCGAAUGGCGACCUGAUACACGAAAACUUCCGAAGGUGGUUGAAUGACUUUCCCGAAAGUCGAGAGAUGCAGGAUGAUUUAUACGGGGUACAGAAAGAUAUAUAUCGACUCGAAGACAUCAAACACAAGCUAAUCAACACGUUAGCAGGAACACAACCUUUGAUGCAAUCUGAUUGGGGUUCGAACAUGAGUAGCCCCGCCCCGCUCUCUCCACCAAUGAGCGACGACUUUGCGUCACAUGACAUCGACAGCAGCCAACCACGAUGCCUCACCAACGAGGUGACGUCAACAACGUUCAAUUGGCUGCCACUCACGGUCAGAGGUUAUCCGAGGAACGAUAGUGACGUCACAGCUUCGUCACUGAUCAUUGAGCCCGACCUAGAGAUGGGCGUGUCCUCCGUGUCACGGCCGAAGAGAAAGAGGGGGCGGCCAAGGAAACCCAAGACACCAAAACAAAAACGAAGCCAGCCAAUCCUGUACAAGUUCAUUCUGGCACACCUGAACAAUCCCAGCAUGCAUCACGUCCUCGAGUGGGUCAAUAAACAAAGUGGCGUCUUCCGUUUCCAUUCGGCGAGGAAAGAUGAUUUUGCCGAGAUGUGGGGGCGCUAUAAGGGGAACAGGGAGCAGAUGACGUAUCAAAACAUGGCGAGGGCUCUACGGAACUACACCAGAGGGAAGACAAAGGUGAUGGAGAGAGUCAAGCGAAAGUUACAUUACAAGUUUUGUCAAGAUUUUAUCUUGUAAUACAUGAAACUCGUUGCAGGCAGCACCAGAGUCCAGAAAAAAAAAUCGGAACCCAGACAAGAGUAGAAAGAAUAUCAUGGCUGUUUUAUAGCCCAAAAUAGCCCAAUCAAGAGGCAACAAGCCCCUUUAAAGGGUGUAUGUAACUUUUGUUGGACAAAAAACACAAUGUCCACAGAUUUACACUAAACUUACCCAGUUUGAAGAUAAUGAUAGUAGAAAGCUUCCCUGAAAAUAUUACGUGCUGAGGUGCUGUAGGUUUUGUUUGGAUACGCAUGCACAUUUAAAUAGUCUGGCUACUUUUCGAAAUUCAUAUCUUCGUCAUAAUCUCGUAGUGCGGUGCCAGAUUUAAUAGCUUGUUUGUACAUUCUCCAGAAGACGAUCAGAGCAUACUGAUCGAAACGUCGAGUUAAUCCAACGGUUCUUUUCAGAACCACCCCAACUCAAUUAGAGAUAGUUAUUACAUGGUGUUACCGCACUCUUCUAUAUAUUGUGCAUUGGUUGCCGGCGACUAUGAAUAUGGAACAUAUUCUAAUACUGUAAAGUCGUUGUCCAAUCAGGGCCCAAGUAAGGUGUUUCCAUCCCAGGGUUUACUAUUGUGAACAUGGU